AUGUCUUACCAAGAGCAACAGUGCAAGCAGCCCUGCCAACCACCUCCUGUGUUCAUACCUAAGUGCCCACAGCCUUGUCCACCACCAAGCUGUCCACAGCCCUGCCCUCCACCAAGCUGCCCACAACCUUGUCCUCCGAUGAGCUGUCCAGAACCCUGCCCUCCACCACAGUGCCCUGAGCCAUGUCCACCUGGUCCCUACCCACCUGUGCAAUGCCCUCCUCCAAUAUGCCAGCAGAAGUAUCCACCCAAGAGCAAGUAA